UGUUUGAAGUUAUUACAACAUUUUACCGUCCGGUUGGAUAGCAAUGGAUGGAGUUUCCGUCGAAGCAGCUUCAUUGAGCGUUUGUCUGUUUCUUAUAUAUGGCUGUGUAAAAACUUUUUUCUUUUUUUUGUCGCGUUUGCUUAUAAAUUACAGGAGAUUCUCAUCGAUCACGAAUUGAAAACGGUAUCGUACAUCGCGGAUAUUGGAGAGAUUUUUGUUCUCAUGGCUCGGAGACCAGACCCAGCAACAGACAAAGUCGGUUCCGGUUCGGAAUCAAAAACUCCGAAAUCCGAUUUAAAAUCGAGCAAACCGGAGGCGGGUCAGAAACCGCGAGAACCCUCAACCAAAUUAGUAUGUCAUGUGCUCGAAAGCCGUGAGGCACGCUUGGUAGCACAGGCUGUUGGACAUGCCUUCCAGUUAGCAUAUUUGGAUUUCCUGCGCGAGAAUGGUAUCGAGGAUCUUAGCUCCGUGAAGCAUUUGAACUAUGAGGAAGUGCUGAAUCAACAGGAGAUAUUUUGCGAUGAACUGACAAUGUUCUCCGAUAAAGACCGGCACAAACAGAUUACCAUACCAAAACAACGUGGUGAACAGUUGGGUGUGGUGAUUGUCGGUUCGGGUUGGGGUAGUUUGUUACCCACAGCCUUACUGGCCAACAUGAACCCGACGGGACCAGCGGCUAGAUGUGGUCAGUUGAAUAUCGGGAAUCACAUUAUCUCGGUGAACGGACAGAGUUUGGUUGGCUUACCGCUAAGCAAUUGUCAGCAUAUCAUCAAGGUAGGUAAAUUGUUUCGAACUUGUCCGGACACAAUACGUAUUUUUUCGGCAAGACAACCCGUCGUACUAUAUAUGUAUAUUCUGAGUGGUGGUUUUAGGCCAUUCAGUACUUCAUUGCUGGGCUUCUGGACUGCCGGAUGUCAUAUCCACCGAGCUGAAAUGCAAACCCUAAAGGUUAAGGGUACCGUCAUUAUUUCGGUGUCAUACCCACAUUCUGAAUUGUGCAUCAUGUCAAGUCACUUUAAUUGCUGCGUUUUACCUCGAUAG